AUGGCAACUUCUGACACAUUAAAUUUUACAGAAAAAGCAAUAAUUGAUGAGAGUAUUGAUAAAUUUGAUUACCAUGAUUAUCAAAGUAAAAUUACAAAUUUAGAUAAUUCUGGUACUGAAAUAAGAAUCACUAUUAAUCAGGAAGGCUUGUUUAUACUUCCAUCUGAAGCUUAUAUUUUGAUUGAAGGAAGACUUCUAAAAGCAGAUGGAGCAUCUUAUGCUAAUGGAGAUGCUGUAACACUUGUAAACAAUGGUCUUAUGUACUUAUUUACUAGAGCGGAAUAUCAAUUAUCUGGUCAAACUGAAGAAAAUAUUAAUAACUUAGGUAGAGCAACUACAAUGUUAGGAUUGCUCAAAUAUCCUAAUUACUUUCAAAAUGUUCAAGGUUUGAACCAAUUAUGGUUUAAAGAUUUAUCAACGACUGCAGCAAUUGCUACAAUAUUAGGAUUUUCAACAAGACAAUCUUAUUUAAUUCAACAGCCAAAUACAAAAGGAAAAUUUUCCUUUGUAGCUGCUGGUACAGCUGCUGGGCAAGUCAAUCUUACUAAAGUAUCACUUUUCAUGCCACAUGUUAAACCAUCUCUUGAAUAUGAACUUAAGCUUAAUAAAGAAAUUAAAUCAAAAGUAACACUUCCAGUAUCUUAUAUUGAAAGAAGUAGUGAAUUGAUAAUUGUUCCACAAACUACCAAUUUUACUUGGACGCUGAAUGUAACAUCAUCUAGUACGAGACCUAGAUUUAUCAUUGUUGGAUUCCAAACAAAUAAAAAUAACAGUCAAGAACAAAAUCCUGCAAUGUUUGAUCAUUGUGACUUGAAAAAUAUGUACGUAAUGCUUAAUUCACGAAGGUAUCCUGAAAUUGCAAUAUUAAAGCCAUCAAUAGUAGAUGUUCAAGUUAAAGCAACAUUUAAUACAGCUGUUCCAGCAAAUACUAUGGCAUAUGCAGUUAUAAUUUCUGAUCGAUUAGGGAUCAAGGUUGCAUACUCUUUUAUACACAUUACACAAAGCAUUACCAGACAUUAUGUGUUUCCAGAAUAA